GUCACCGGUGAUAAGCAAGUACAAGGGAUAACUACCACGCACCAGAAGAAAGCAGCUGUCUCUUGUCAACUGUCACGGGAUUUUAAAACAAAAAUAAAAAAAUGGCGUUAUCUGGGAAUUCUCCCGUAUUGGGCAUGUCGAAUCUGAAUUUGAAGUUGCAGAAGAGGCUAGGAGAAACCCAUUUAUCACAGUGGUCUACUUCUUCUUCUUCUUGGCUGAAUCGAGGCAAAAGUGGAGGGUCAGUUAGUUGGAGAAUCGUAUUUAGGGAAGGCUAUAGCAAGGUUAAAGCUUCGUGCUUUUUCAAUCCCGUCGAUCAGCCAAUCCUUAAAGAAGCUAUUAAGGAGCCAGUUGCUUUCAUGGGAGGGAUUUUUGCAGGGCUUCUAAGACUGGAUUUGGAGGAAGACCCACUUAAAGAAUGGGUGACAAGAACUGUGGAAGCCGCUGGUAUUACAGUAGAAGAUAUUGAUGCAGAAGGAUCAAAGCAGGAAGAAGUACCACAACAGAUUGAGAUUGAAUGAUUAUUAUCUUGGUUUUGCAAUAUCUGUAAUAUAUCUUUGUUGGCAAUAUUGCAUUAUAUGCUAAAAUUACUCUUAAUAGUGACUUUUGCUCCUUUUAUUUAAUUAAAUUUGAGGUGCGUUCAGGCUUCAAUCUUAA